AAAAAAAAAAAAAAAAACUCACUUGAUUAAUAAUAAUAACAAGCAUCAUUGUCAUCAGAUCAAUUGUCACUGUGUGUCAAAAAAAUACUCCAAAAGCCGAAUUACAAAAUAUCUUAAAAUGUACAUUUAAUUAUUAUAAAAAAUUAAUUACGUUUUGUUGUAUUAUUUUAACUGAAUUAAAAUUUAAUCAAAAAUUAAUUAAAAUAAUUAAUAAAAAUGUCGGUUAAUUUGGAAAAAAAUCAUGAGUCACUUGUUGAAGCUUGGAAAAAUGUUGUUGAUGAUAAAUCAUCAAUAAAUUGGGCUGUUUAUGGCUAUGAAGGACAAACAAAUAAUUUAAAAAUACGUGGCACUGGUAAUGGUGGUUUAGAGGAAAUGAUUGAAGAAUUAAAUAGUGGUGAAAUAAUGUAUGCAUUUUGUCGUGUUAUUGAUACAAAAACAAGUUUAAAAAAAUGUUUAUUAAUAAAUUGGCAAGGUGAAGGUGCGCCAAUCGUUAGAAAAGGUACAUGCGCUAAUCACAUACGUGAUAUUGAAAAAUUAUUAAAAGGUGCACAUAUUACAAUAAAUGCACGUUCUGAAGAAGAUGUUGAAGUUGAUUUAAUUAUGGAAAAAUUAGCACGUGCAACUGGUUCAUCAUAUAAAUUUAAAGAACCACGUGGACAAGAUGUUGGUAAUUCAUUACCAGUUGGUACUGUUUAUAAACGUGUUAAUCCAGAAGCUGAAAUAAAUGCAACUGAACGUGAUGAAUUUUGGCAACGUGAAGAAAUUGAAGAAAAAGCACGUAUACAACAAGAAAAAAUACGUCGUGAUGCUGAACAAAAAAAAAUUGAAUUAGAAACAAGAGCAAGAGAAGAAAAAUUAACUAAACUAAGAGAAAAAGCUGAAAAUUCAAGUACUUUAACAACAAGUCAAAAUAAUCACAGUGAUAUAUCUCAACAACGUAUACAAGAAUUAAAAAAUUUAAAAAAUAAACAAAUUGCUAAUCAAUCAACAACAAAUGAUGAUGAAGAUAAUGAUGGUAAAUCAAAAAGUGAAGAGCUAAAAAGACAAAGAAAUAAUGAAACACAGCAGCUAAUUGCACAGAGAACAAUUAAUGCAAGAGCUGUUUUUGAACAAAAUUCAUCAGCUGGACAAAUGAAAAGUUUUGUUACUAAAAAUCCUGUUACUUCUAAAAUUUCAUCAAAUAUUCAAUCAACAAUAACAAAAGUACAAGAAAAUACUGCCAAGGAUAUUAUUGUUCCAGAUAAGCAAGUUAAUGAAAAAAUUGUUGAAGAAGAAUUACCCAAAAAAGAAAUAAUUCCUAUACCCAAAUCAACAACAGAAACAGUACCUCAAGUUGAACCAACACCUCCAGAAAUUCAACAAGAACAACAAGCUGAUAAUACUCAAGAAAAUGAACUUUAUAAUCAACUUACAGGAGAAAAUUAUCUUUAUUUUGAUCCAAAUAAUGAAGGAAUGAAAGCACGUGCAUUGUAUGAUUAUCAAGCUGCUGAUGAAACAGAAAUAACAUUUGAUCCUGGUGAUAUUAUAACUCAUAUUGAUGCUAUUGAUGAAGGCUGGUGGCAGGGUCUUGGACCAAAUGGUGCUUAUGGACUUUUUCCAGCAAAUUAUGUUGAAGUUAUUGAUAGUAAUACAUCAUGAUUAUUCAAUUAAAUAAAUAUUGUUAUUACUCAAGUUAAAAUUUAUAUAAACAAACGAAAAAUCAUCAUAAUUAUGACGUUAAGUUAAACAUAAUAUUGACUUAUUAGCAAUAUUUUUUAGAUAUUAAUUUGGUAUUGGUGUAGAUUAAUAAUUUUUUUUUUCUUUUUCUCCUCCAAGACAUUUCGAAAAAAACGAACGAACAAAUAACAAAAUGUCACAAGCAAUAACCAUCGUAUUUUUAUAAAAUAAUCGUAUAAAUAUUUCAACAUAUUAUCGUACUUAAAAAAUUUUAGUAAUCAUUAAUAAUUAAACUGAUUGUAAAUCAUUAAAAAAAAAAAAUAAAUAAGUACUCGAAUUAAAAUGACAAAAAAUUUCUAGUCUGAAAAUAAAAAAAAAAAUAUCCUAAAAUUCAUGUUUUAAAUAAUUAUAAAAAAAAAAAAAAAGCUCAAUAAAAUUGAAUAAAAAAUAAAGAAAAAAAAAACAAAAUAAAA